GAAUUUGCGCCUGACGCACUCUAUCUCUCUAGCUUGAGAAAAAUGAACUUUAUCCGCUGGCAUUAUCAUAUGCAUCAUCAUCUUGUGAUUUGGUCAUGAAAUUUCCUACCUUCUUAUUGUUCUAUUUCACUGGGUUCCUAGGUGGUUACCAAGUUGACGCUGUUUGUAUUUGGAAUAGAACUCAAUCAUGGACUGUCCCGUAUCAGAGUAUAUUGGUAGAAUGCUGUGAUAAGCCGCUCAAGCAGCUAAUCUUGGAUACUAUUCAUGGAACUAAUUUUGAGAGUCUUGCAAACGGAGAUUUUGCAAAAAUAGUUCAAAGACGUGCACAGAUGGAGUUCCAUUCCAGUUUCGAGACCAUCGUUUCCAAAACGAACUUUGCAAUUUCAUCGCAUUACCAUGGACCACACACUUGUCGAGUGCACAAGAAAGGUCAUUACUUGUUGGUUUAUGAGACUCCCGUGCAGUAUGAUCCAUACAACCUUCCCAUAGAGAACUAUCUAGCAUCCAUCGAUUCUUCCGACCCUCUUGGUAGCACUAAACCAUUCGGCCUUCGUGGUGACUUCCCUGACAUCAGUGACGACCCUACUGCAGGUGACGAUCUUUCGAUUCAACCACCCAGUGAUCAAAUUCUCCAGUUUCCGAACAAGUUUGCCUGGCCAGAUCCUGAUGAUGGUACACAUGAACCAUCAAAUAAAAUCAAGCGUGCUGACUUUGACGAGGAGGUGGAUGACUUGAUGGAGAUAUCGGUGAUGGAUUCGAAUUCUAAUUCGACACACCUUGAGGAAGAUCUAAAAAAGGAAUUCGCUUCAAAGUUCAACACGGAUCUAGAUCGACCUGGUCCACAACCGGUACCUCGGAAUAUUACAAAUUGGCGAAAGAAGGAACGAUAUCCAAAGGGGACUCAUUGUGAAUCUGGGAAGAGAGAUGGCAACAAAUGCUGCGAUGCACGUCUAGCUGCAACUAUGAGAGAUGCUAUGAGGCAGAUGGCGACUUCACCAGAGUUUGGCCCUGGGAAGGAGGGUAUUGUUGCAGCGGAACUUCAACAAAGUGUGCAAACCCGAUUCAAAAAGUCCUACGAAAUUAUCGUAUCUCGCUCUGAUUUUGUUGCCACCACUUACACCGCUGGAGAGAAGUUUUGCAAGUUCAAAACCAAAAACUUUGUUAUCCUGGCUUACGUCACGCCAAGACAAUAUGAUAUCGAUAAAAAAGAUGAUGAAAGAAUUUUGGCUGAUGUUUCUAAUCGGGAUCCACUGGGAUCUUCAGAGACCAAAUUUCCUGACGAGGAACCUUUUCACAAGGAACUUCAGCUUGAAGAGUCUGGAGAUCGUGCAGGGUAUCCAGUUGGCUCACACUGUUCAAACGACACAAGAACUGGGUCGAAGUGCUGCAAUCUGCGUUUGUUCAAUGCCAUGAAAGAUGGAUAUGAUCGACACAAGGCUUCACCAAAUUUCGACCGGUAUAACAUAAGAAACAUCUCGAAAGCGAUUCAGUGGAGUGUGGAGGAAGUGUUUCAACAUUCUGCGGAAGUUUUUGUGUCACUGGAUGAUUUUGCAUAUGCGACGAAUGAAAAGAAUGAAGAGUCAUGCAAAUAUCGAGUUGACAAAUAUUAUGUUUAUGUUUACACAACACCCGUACCAUAUCCAAUUCAUCAACCCACGUACAACGACAUCGGAAGUGCAAAACCAUUCCAUUGUCCUCCGGAUCUCAGUGGAUUAGACGGUACGGCAUGUUGCAACAGUGGCCUUCAAUAUGAAAUCAACCGCAUCCUCGACGAAGCACGGUACUCUGACAGUUACCAUAAGCACGACACAAGAUACCUUGCAAAAAUGAUUACUAGAGCUGUACAGAGAAGAUUUAAUACAACCUUUGAGACUAUCGUCGCCGAAGCAGAUUUCUCAUGGUCGACAAAUAAGUUUACGGGGAGAAUGUGCAAAAUUGAUCACGAAGGGUAUAAUGCAUUGACUUAUCAGUCUAGCUUACGGCCGCCUCGGGCUAUUGAUUUUAUUGAUUUUCCCAACGAUGUAACGCUUGACGGUCCGACUUUUGUGGAAAAUGGCUGGUUUGGAAAUGGAAACGGUGCUCUAUCCGCUCAAGCUCAAGUAGUUGUUCAGGCUCAGAUUGCCGCGCAAGCAGUGGCUCCACCACAACCUCCAGUUUUUGUCCAACAAUUUGUGGCUCCACAGUUUGUGCAAUUUGUUGCUCCACAGCCUCAGUUUGUGGCGGUUGCUCCACAGCCUCAGUUUGUGGCGGUUGCUCCCGUCCCUCCACCAGUUGCUCCAGCCGUGGCAUUUGCAGGAGGUGGAGGCGGUGGAGGAGGAUGCUUCUCCAGUGACACAUUGGUUACUACACCAUCGGGCAAGAAGAGAAUGGAUGAGAUUGACGUUGGAGAUUAUGUGCUAACUGCAAAUCGCGUGAAGACACACUUUACUCCUGUCACUUUGUGGAUCCAUCGCGAGUCUGAAAAGUUGGAAGAGUUCUUAACGAUCACUACCGAGAGAGGAAGUACUCUUCAACUAACACCUCUUCAUUUCAUGUACCGGACAAAGUGUAAUGAAUCUUCUGAAUUCCUAAAAAUUCUUCCCGAAAACCACGAAGCUAUUUUGGCUUCAUACCUUGAGAUUGGGGAUUGCGUGAUUUUGACCGAGAACACCAAGUUCCGCCAAGAGAAAAUAAAUCAGACCACUCGGGGUUUGAAAACUGGAAUCUAUUCACCGCUAACGAAAAAUGGACGGAUCAUUGUCAAUGACAUGUUGGCCUCCUGUUAUAGUGAAGUUCAGGCAAACGUACUUCAGACUACAUACUUUUGGGUCUUCAACCGUCUCCGUCAAAAAGUUCUCAACUUAUUUGGAAUUCUUCAUAUGAAUGAGAUUGAGCUUCCCACCGGAACAGCAGUGUACAAAGAGCUCUUAAGCCUAGUCAUCCCUAUGGGCAAAUAAUAUCCAUAUUCAUUUAACAGUGCAAUAUAAUAAUUUUAUGAAGCGAUCAAAUAAAUAGCUUGUUUAACUGUAUGUGACAUUCCGUAUCAUUUUUAUGAUUUUUAUGGUUUCUGCUAAAUUCAAGAUUUGAUAAUAUUAUUGACGGUGUGUUUUGAUCAUGGAAGAACGUAUUUGAUAAACGCGAUGAUACGCAUGUU